UCAAGUUAUCAGGCUGAGAGCAUUGCUUGCCAUCCGUUAUUCACAAGGGCUCUGAACGUAGUUCCUUAUUCCUGAAUCCGAAGUGAAACCACCAUGAGCGCCAUGAAGAGCAACGGCGGCUCACCAUGGGCACCGAGGCAGCAGCUGGAGAGAUCUGCUCACGUAUCAGUCACUAUUGAGAGCCCCAACAAUGAAGACCACAGCAACGGCAAACACUGCUCCAGGCCAGAGAAUAAAAAACUGGCAAGGUCAAUCCGAAAGAAGCUCCGUAACUUACCUUCGCAGUCCUCCAAAUGCUGCAUAUUCCGUGUGCCAGAGAAGCUCCGGCAGGGCUACGAAGUGGCCUACAUGCCGCGAGUCAUAGCGAUUGGACCUUAUCACCACAACGAUCCGGGCCUCAAGCGGAUGGAAGAUCACAAGCUGCGGUACUUGCAGAGCUUCCUCCGGCAUAACAUGAACAUCCGCCUUGAGGACUGCUUCGAGAGGAUCAGGUGUUGGGAGGAUCACAUCCGGAGCUGCUACGACGGACCAAUUGAACUCGACUCCGACGAGUUUGCCGAGAUGACGCUGCUCGAUGGCUUCUUCGUGAUCCAGCUCUUCCUGAUGUUCCAGAACCCUAGGUGGAGGCUGGAUGGUGACCGGAUCUUUGGCAAGCCGCGGAUACUCGAUGAAGUCCGCCGUGACAUGACGCUGCUGGAGAAUCAGAUGCCAUUUUUCGCCAUCGAACGGCUGUUCGAGAUGGCGUACGGAUCGCACCAGAAGCACUUGUCGGGGCUGCUCGAGCUCGCAUAUGGGUUCUUCAGGCCGUCGACGAAUAUUGAGGAGCUGCCGGAGGCAGUGAUGGAGUCGGAGGUGCAGCACUUCCUUGACGCAAUCAGGCUCUUGUACUUGCCGACGGCGAGGAAGCCACCAUCCGAGAGCGAGGACGAGAUAAAGUUCAUCCCAAGUGCGACGGAGCUGGUGGCGGCUGGAGUCAAGCUGAAAAGAGGUACAAGCCAGCGCUUGUUCGACAUUAAAUUUAAGAAAGGAAAGCUCGAAAUUCCGCGCCUCAAAUUUUACUACUCGACAGAAUCCUGCUUCCGGAACAUUAUCGCCUUCGAGCAAUGCUACUACCAGAACGACCGUUAUCUGAUUGACUACAUGACGUUCAUGGAUCACCUGGUGAAUACCCCAGACGACGCAAAGUUACUGAUCAACAAGGGAAUCAUAGAGAAUUGGCUCGGCAAUGAAAAUGCUGCCGCGGACCUAAUCAACACCUUGUGCAAGGAGACUUUCCAGAGGUCAAGUAACACCUAUUUCUCUAGCCUCAGAGGCGAGCUCGACGCGCAUUGCCGAAAGCCUCAUAACAAGUGGAAGGCAACGUUUAAGCGCAACUACUGCAGUAGCCCAUGGGCAGUCCUCUCGAUUAUCGCUGCAGUGGUGUUGCUUACACUGACCAUAGUACAGACCGUGUGCUCACUCCUAUCCCUGAAAUAACUUUGCUUUUUGAACGGUAAAUUGCCUCUGUAAUGCUCUAAUAGAUUGAACUGUGUGAUCAUGCGUUUCUUUCUAUCAGAAUCACCAUAACUUCCAUUUG